UAUCUUCCAUUGGCCUCAUGUGACCCCAGAUCACACGAAUGGCCGGAAUCCAGCUUUCGCAACGCGAAUUCGUGCAAGGAAAUCACUUACUUAAUUAAGGAUUUCUAUGACAGAGACACAGGCAAAUUGGAUAGAAUGAAGAAAAAGGUACUGCUUAUGGGUAAGAGCGGGUCUGGCAAGACCAGCAUGAGGUCCAUAAUCUUUGCCAACUACAUCGCUCGUGACACCCGCAGGUUAGGGGCCACAAUUGACGUUGAGCAUUCCCAUGUCAGAUUUCUAGGCAACCUAGUCUUAAACCUCUGGGAUUGCGGAGGGCAAGAGGCCUUCAUGGAAAACUACUUUGCGAGUCAGAGGGACAACAUCUUCCGGAACGUGGAGGUGCUGAUCUACGUCUUUGACGUGGAGAGCCGGGAGCUGGACAAGGACAUGCACUACUACCAGUCCUGCCUGGAGGCCAUCCUGCAGAACUCUCCAGAGGCCAAGAUCUUCUGUCUCAUCCACAAGAUGGAUCUGGUGCAGGAGGAUGAGAGAGACUUGAUUUUCCACGAGCGAGAGGAGGACUUGAAGCGUCUGUCCAAGCCCCUGUCUUGCACCUGUUUCCGUACAUCCAUCUGGGACGAGACUCUCUACAAGGCCUGGUCGUCCAUCGUCUACCUGCUCAUCCCGAACGUGCAGCAACUGGAGUCCAACCUACAGCAGUUUGCAGAGAUCAUUGAUGCCGAUGAGGUCUUACUAUUUGAAAGGGCCACAUUCUUGGUAAUCUCACAUUGUCAAAGGAAGUUCCAGAGAGAUGUACACCGAUUCGAGAAGAUUAGCAACAUCAUCAAGCAGUUCAAGCUUAGCUGCAGCAAACUUGCGGCAUCGUUCCAGAGCAUGGAGGUGAAGAAUUCGGCAUUUGCAGCAUUCAUUGACGUGUUCACAUCAAAUACGUACGUGAUGGUCAUCAUGUCGGAUCCAUCAAUACCAUCAGCUGCCACUCUCAUCAACAUCAAGAAUGCCCGGAAACACUUUGAAAAGCUGGAGAGAGUAACAGACAGUCCCAUGGUCACUUAGGAACUGCCUGAAAUGUGUCCUGGCACAGCUUAAACAUUCACCCGUCAUAUGCUCACUAGAGACAUUCACAGGGUUACAUUGACACGUGCAGGAGGUGCUCUAGCUUUGCCAAAAAUAAAAGGCAUCUUGUGAUCUGUUCUUCACCUCAUUUGUCGAGCUUUCUUCUCUUGGGCCGUCAUUGCAAGCGGAAGUGAGUCAUACUUUGUUUGAAACAUUGCCCUGUGGGUUUUUAUGUAAAGUGUCUUUUUGCACACGGGGGGUAACGAGCUGCGGGUGCCAUUGAAUGUGUGUUGCCCGUAGGCUAACAUUGCCCACCAGAAUGUGAGGUUCAGUGUGUCAUAAACCUGUCAGUUUGAACCACUUAAUUACAAGAGGGAGAGGUCAGUUCAAGUGACAGAUAUUGAACAAAUGCCCAUUUAUUUUAUUGUUGCCAGUGUUGUAGCUCAGUGUUUAUCAACCACAGUUUCUAGGAUGUGAAACCAGUGUUUCUGCGCUCAGCCAUUGAGGGCGCCCUUGCAUCUUUAAGGCAUGAUAAGAUAGUGUGAAACACAGCUUCUGGCUGUAUCUGAAUCUCUUGUCUCGAGCUAGGUCUAGGUCCUCGCUCCAAUGAAAAGGCGUGGAAACGCGCAGACAGUAGACCUAGCCGUAGCGCUGGAAGCCCGUUUCGGACACGGCCUCUGUCCGUAUCUGAGAUGCAGAGUGGAAGGAGAGGUGGAAGGUGGAUGAGGCCACAGCGACUUUGUGUGUUUAGCAAGAGGGCACCAGAGAGUGCUCACAGUUUCCGUACAAUUGCCACUUGAGGCAAAAUAAAUGCUCUGUGAGCGCUCUUAAGACAGGAGUUGUGUUUAAUUAUGCAUUUGUAAAAAUUACCGCAAUGUGUUGAAUAAUCUUUAACAGGCUUGCGUACUGACGGCGUCUUUGCUUAGAGGUGGCAGAUGGGAGCAUCGAAUUUGAACCUCCAUUUGAAAGUGUCCAUAUGUAAAAGUAUAGGCCUUUUGAAAAUGUGAAGCACAGGGGACGGCAGCAUUGCUGGAGUAUUUAAUUUGGUACUGUGUACAUGUAUGUCUGUUAACCUGUGAAUUUAAUAUCAUUGUUUUGGGGUGGGGUUGUAAAGGGAGCACAACCGAAUGAGAAUGCAUGUCGCACGUUCAGAGCUUGGAACUCUGAUUUGAGUUUAUUGUGUUUAUGUCAUAAACUCUCCAGAAAUUAUGUGAAACAGAUAGCAAAAAGUUCUGUAGUGUGUGUCUUCUUAGGUCUAAAUUUUCCUGAAUUCAGUUCUCAAACUGUAAACCCCAAGAACUCACCCACUUUUCAAAUUCCAAUGU